AUGGAGGAUAGUGGUCUAUUCACAGGGGGCUUAGUUAGCAAGCUGUAUUAUUUCUCUCAUGUUCACAACUGCUGUUUCCAUUGAUUACGAGGUAUUUACAACGCUUAGGAGUAACAUCUGAAUCAACUGAGAGGAGGUGGAGCUACCAUUGAGUUUCGGGAUGGCGUCAGACGUGGCUUCCCAAAAUCAUGGUUCAAAGGGGAUCAUGACUUUUUACCCCACUGCUGAGGAAUUCAAAAACUUCAGCCGCUACAUUGCAUAUGUCGAGUCCCAGGGAGCACAUAAAGCAGGCCUGGCUAAAAUUGUCCCACCAAAGGAAUGGAAGCCCAGGAGCUCUUAUGACGAUAUAGAUGAUUUGGUGAUCCCUGCACCCAUUCAGCAGGUGGUGACGGGCCAGUCGGGCCUUUUCACACAAUACAACAUUCAGAAGAAGUCCAUGACCGUGAGAGAGUUUCGCAAGAUUGCCAACAGUGACAAGUUCUGUAGUCCACAUUACGAUGAUUUUGAGGAGCUGGAAAGGAAGUACUGGAAGAAUGUGACAUUUAACCCUCCCAUAUAUGGUGCAGAUGUUAAUGGAUCUCUAUACGACCCUGGAGUCAAGGAAUGGAACAUUUGCCAUUUGGACACCAUUUUGGAUACUGUUGAACGUGACAGCGGCAUCACUAUUGAGGGAGUUAAUACACCGUACUUAUAUUUUGGCAUGUGGAAGACCACCUUUGCAUGGCACACUGAGGACAUGGACCUCUACAGUAUCAAUUACUUGCACUUUGGAGAGCCCAAGUCAUGGUACUGUGUUCCUCCAGAGCAUGGGAAAAGACUGGAGCGUUUGGCUAAAGGGUUCUUUCCUGGUAGUUCCCAAAAUUGUGAGGCUUUUUUGAGGCACAAGAUGACUCUCAUCUCUCCCUCUAUACUGAAAAAGUAUGGCAUUCCGUUUGAAAAGAUUACUCAGGAGGCUGGUGAGUUCAUGGUAACUUUCCCCUAUGCCUACCACGCUGGUUUCAACCACGGUUUUAACUGUGCAGAAUCCACCAACUUUGCCACAGAGAGAUGGAUUGAAUAUGGCAAGCAAGCAGUUUUGUGCUCGUGCCGUAAAGACAUGGUGAAAAUUUCCAUGGAUGUAUUUGUGAGGAAAUUCCAGCCAGAGCGCUAUGAGCAGUGGCUGGCAGGGCGAGAUGUGGCACCCAUUGACCACACACGCCCCACCCCAGAGGCGAGGGAGUUCCUGGGAGAGUCCUUCAAUGACAUCACCAGCAGCAGUAACAGUAACUCCAUGGAGAACUGUGGGGAGGACGGAGAGCGCAAGAGCACCACACAGAGGAUAGAGACCAAGAGACACAGAGUGUGUCUGGAGGUGCCUGAAGAGGUUGUUCCCAAGGAUGAAGAUGAAGAAGACAUGGAGCAGUAUGGGAAGCGUCCCAGGCUGAGCCUCAUACCUCCACGUCAUACAUCACAGGAUGGCAAGAGAACCAAAGGCCCACCAAAGUUGGUUGUAACACCAACCAAGCUCACUUUAUUGGAUCCAUUUCACAGGAGCUUGACCCAAAGUAACAAUGAUGUGAGCCGUCCCCCACAUUAUACAAAGACUCGCGCACCUGCAAUCUCAUCUCAGUCCCAGCACAGAAAUGGACAUCUGUCAGUUUCAGCGACACCAACGUGGACGGGAGCCGUCGCUCAGCCUGCCCGCAAAAUGGGGGUAGCCAGCCUGCUCUUCCACAGGACUCUGAGUCCAAAAGACACUCUCCAAGUGCACAGCUACACUCUAGAAAAGCAGCAGCAGCCUCACACACAGCUGCAAGUCCACAGCUACGCCAGAGAGCAUCAACCCCGUCAUCUCCAGCUCAAAACCUGUACGCCAUCACACACACAGGUUCAGUCCUUGCCUCAGGCACCAAGCUGUGAAAUAAGGGAGCCACAGCCAGAAUCCAAGAUUGUUUUUACCGAAGCAGCACCGAAUCAAUCAGAAGCGCCGAGUCUUGUUGAGCAUGACCAAAAGGAGGAAAAACCUGAAAUAGCAAUGUCUGUAGAGCCUCAAGCUGAGCUGGAGAAACUUGAGCCCACCAGCGAGUUUGAUCCCUCUGAAACUCCAAUACAGCUCGACGAGAUUGAGUCUCCUAAGAACAACAAGCGAAAGAGUAAACAAUGCCCACUUGAGGAUAGUGCCAUUAUCAUCCAGAAUGACUCCCUUCCUGUCAUGAAACCAGUCCACGAUGAGAAGGUGGUGAUCGCUCUUAAUCAUCAUCAGGUGUCAGAAGAGCAGUCAUACUGCAAGUCUGUUGUGAAGAAGCAGCAGGCACAGCUCUGUAAUCUGCCGCGUCAUCACCCUCUAAUUAGAGAGGUGCACAGUGACGAUGAUAUGUACUUUGAUAUGGAGUUUGAGCGAGAAGAGAAAGAGGAGUGGGCCAAGCCGCUAACCCAGCUGUGGCAGUGUCGGCCAUAUAACCCUCAGGCAGAGAGAGAGUACAACAAGCGCAUGGGCCAGCAGCCCCCCUACUGCUCCAUCUGCCUGCUCUUCCACACCUACCAUCAGUCUGAGUCCAGUACUGGCAGCUCCAGUGUGAUGUUGGUGAACCGUCCAGGGGGCCGCCAGUGGUCAAAGCCACUCAUCCCUGAAAUGUGUUUCAACACCCAGUCUAGCAAGGCGAAUGAAAAUGGGGAGGGACAGCUGUCUAACCCUCAUGUAGCAGAGGACGGCACCAGCCGGCUGGUCAGCUGUACUCAGUGCUGCGUCCGUGUACACACAAGUUGCUAUGGCGUAUCUGGGGAUGAGGCAGAGCUUGAUGACUGGCUGUGUGCCCGCUGUGAAGCUGAUGCCAUCACCGAGGACUGCUGUCUGUGUUCCCUGAGGGGGGGCGCUCUGCAGAGAGCCAACAAUGACAAGUGGGUGCAUGUGCUGUGUGCCAUCACUGUGCUGGAAGCUCGCUUUGUCAACGUCACUGAGCGAGGCCCCAUCGACCUCUCUGCAAUCCCACUGCCCCGGUUCAAACUGAAGUGUGCGUACUGCAGGAAACGGAUGAAGAGGGAGGUGAACGGCUGCUGUGUGCAGUGCUCCCAUGGGCGCUGCUCAACAGCGUUUCAUCCCACCUGCGCUCAGGCAGUUGGUAUCCUGAUGCAUCCAGACGACUGGCCGUUCAUAGUCUUCAUCACCUGCCACAGACACAAAGCACCCAUCAUACCUGAGCGCAACAAGGCCUCCAUGCGUGAGCUGACAGUCGGGCAGAAGGUGAUCUGUAAAUCCAGAAACUGCCGUUACUACCACAGCGAAGUGGUGGAACUGACCACGGCUACCUUCUACGAGGUGGUUUUCGACGACGGGUCCUACAGCGACAACCUCUUCCCAGAAGAUAUCCAGAACCGUGACUGCGUACGGCUGGGUCCACCCGCCGAAGGUGACGCUGUUCAAGUGCGAUGGACAGAUGGGUUGAUAUAUGGAGCCAAGUUUAUGGCGUCGCACUCCAUCCCCAUGUACCUGGUGGAGUUUGAGGACGGAUCACAAAUCAGUGUCAAGCGGGAAGACAUUUACACUCUAGACGAGGAUCUGCCCAAGAGAGUCAAGUCACGACUGUCGGUGGCGUCAGACAUGCGUUUCGAGCUCUUCUCACAGGACGACGUCAAGCAGAACUCCAAAAGGCAGCGGGUCAUCAACUCUCGAUACAGAGAAGACUACAUCGAGCCCGUCAUUUACCGAGCCAUCAUGGAGUGAUGUCCAUUUUAUGUUUCCUCUCUCCUCCUGCUUUCCACCUUUCCUCUUUCACCUCACCAAAUCACCACAGAGAGAUUCAGCUUCAGAUCUUUGUUUCUCGAUCUGGCCACUGCUGAUAGGAACGACCAACCACUCCUUCCACCUCCUUUUCUUCCUCCACGGGCUGUCAGGCUACGUAUUUAUAAACUACGGCUGGGACUUUAAAUGACUCUUGUGUGCAUUGAACUAUGUUCUUUGACCUGCGUUUCCCAUCACUCUCUGUAGAUUAUGUUUUCUUCCUCCAUUUCAUUAUUUUUCUCUUUUUUUUCUCAGGAAGAAGCCAUCAAUGAAUUAUUAAAUACAGAAAAGGUUGGACUAUCUAACUGGGGCAAGAUUUAUUUUUUAUUUUUCUACCACCAUAUCUAGCAGCUGUCAAGAAACCGUUUCACAUUACACAAUGGACAUUUUUUCUACCAGUUUCUUCUAUAAAUGACGUUUUGCUCUUGACUGGCGGAUUUAUAUUGUUUUCAUAACUAUUUAUCAUAAUAUUUUGCAGUGAAGAAACAUUUUUGGGAAUGAGGUUUGAAAGGAAGCAUUAAUCAGUUUUUCACUCAUGAAGUGAGGCAGAACUUGGAGACGAUCAGGUGUUGAUCGCAGAAACAAAUUCAUAAAGUACUGCGUGAAGUUGUAACCCCAAAGACAUGAAACAAUAUCUCAAGGUCACCUUUUGACACAUCUUUAGAUUCUACUUAUCACUCCACGCAUCGUAUUAUGUGCAUCAUAAUUAUUUCCCGUCAUAGGUUAUUCAACGUGCGUCUACUGUGAAGAUAGAAGAAAACUAGACAUGUUUGAAAGGCCCGAGCCUUACAUUUCAAAGGGCCAAGCGUACAUUAGUUUUUCUAAAGCUUAUGGUUUAUUAUAACAAUUGUAAUUAAUUAAUGUUAUUACACUUUAUUUAUGCGAGUGCAUUGAGUUUGAAAACAAAACUAUUUUUGUCAUGUCCUUUUCACAAUCUGUAGAAAACCCAAGAUGUAUUUAUAUUUAUUAAAUAGAUAGGUUUUCAGACAUCCUGUUUAAAUUUUGAGACUCGCUUGUCCUGUGUGGCGUUUGGAGGGUGUGAAUGCCGAUCUGGCUCUCUAAGCAAAAAGCACUUAUUUUUUACCUCCUGCCACAGGACAUUUACCAUUUUGUUGACACAUGGCCUCCACUCAGAUUAGAUUUUUUUGUGUGUGUUUCUGAUAAAAGCUAGCUCUAGAGGUGAACAUUGUAACCAGGUUCUAGUUUGAUCCCAAAUAAACAGCAGUAAGAGGA